GCCGCCCCAUUUACUCCGCGUGCGCGCGGGCGCGCGACCCACUUCCACCAAAAAAAACCGGACACGCGCACGCUGCUUCGAGGGGCGCGCGCGCCACCGCCUCCUUUCCAUUUCAUGGGCGCGCGCUCCCGCGGCCGCAUUCACUUCAGGGGCGCGCGCUCCCGCGGCCGCAUUCACUUCGGGGGUGCGCGCGCACGGCGCUGCCGCAUGCUAAUUACCGCCAAAAGUCCGGCGCAAAGAUGGCGCCUGGCGCCGCCCCCUCCCUCCCUCCAUUGGUUGCCCGCUACGCCAUCGAGCGCCGUUCCCGCCGGCCCCGCGCCUCCCGCCGAACCGCGUCGCCCGGAGGCCGUUUUCGGGGCGAGCCGGGCCGAAAAGGCCGGCGGUUUACCUCAUGAAAGUGUAGAAAGAGGCGGCAUGUGGGGGCGGGGACGCCGCAGGAGGGCUUUGGGCCGUCGGGGAGGCCCGCUCCCGGAGGCCGCAGCGGCCGAUGGCGGAGGGAGUUGAGGCUGGCUGCUUCGUCUCCUUGGCGACGGCCGGGGAUAUCCGAGCGUUACUGAGCGAUCUCUCCCUCCUCCCUCCUUUAUUUAAAAAAAUAAACACUUUCUUUUCCCCGGACGGGUGGGGGGGGGGACCCGAAUGCUGCAAAAAAAACCUUUUGUGUUCGUCAACAGCCAUCUUAGCAUGACAUGAAGUAAAUGGAGUAUGGUGUUUGACAAGAGGAUGGGAUGGAACGUCUUUGGUUGUUGACCUCCAUAAGAAGAAGACACCAAACACCUGCCAGAAAUACCAGACACCAAAGGUCGAGCAAGAAUGAGGAACUGAAGGAAAUAAUAAUGGUUUAAAAAGCAUACACAAGAUUUGGAACCUCGGUCUAAAUGGGUCCAGUCAUGCCUCCCAGCAAGAAGCCAGAAGGCUCGGGAAUUAGUGUUUCAAGCGGACUGAGCCAGUGUUACCCCGGGAGUUCACUGACCAAGGCACUCCAGGAGGUCGAAGAGUUGGACUUAACGAGCAGUUGUUUGCCUGCCAUCUGUUUGGAGAAGGUGGCCAUGGAGGAUGAAGAGCUAACAAACCUGAACUGGCUACAUGAGAGCAAGAACCUACUCAAAAGUUUUGGGGACACAGGACUGCGUAGUGUCAGUCCUGUUCAGGAUAUUGAUGAGGACACCCCUCCAUCCCCUGCUCAUUCUGAUCAGCCCUAUGAUGCCAAGCAAAACCCUAAUUGCAAACCACCCUAUUCCUUCAGCUGUCUCAUAUUUAUGGCUAUUGAGGACUCGCCCAGCAAACGCCUGCCUGUUAAGGAUAUAUACAACUGGAUCCUAGAACAUUUCCCUUAUUUUGCAAAUGCUCCAACUGGGUGGAAAAACUCUGUUAGACACAAUCUGUCUUUGAAUAAAUGCUUCAAGAAAGUAGACAAGGACAGGAGUCAGAGUAUUGGGAAGGGCUCCUUGUGGUGUAUAGAUCCAGAAUACAGACAAAACCUUAUUCAGGCAUUGAAAAAGACGCCCUAUCAUCCUUACUCUCAUGUUUUUAACACGCCUCCCACUUCCCCAAGGGGAUAUCACAGCACAUCAAGUCCACCCCUUUGGCCAGGGAGUGCUUUUUUCAAGAAGAAUGGAGCCCUCCAAGAUUCUGAUAUUGAUGCAGCUGCUGCCAUGAUGCUGCUGAAUUCUUCCCCUGAGGUGAAAGGAGCUGAAUAUGCUGUGGGAGUUAUGCCAAAUGGAGGUCGAGCGUAUAACCGAGGGCCAUUCAUGGGGAUGAAGCCACUGCCAAUUAACAGCAUUGGAAGCAUGGCUGCUGCAGUAAGGAACGGAAUUGUAAACUGUCGGAUGCGAAAUGACAGCGAACAAUCCUGUGGCUCCCCAGUCGUCAGCAAUGACCCUAAAGAUGAUCACAACUACAGCGUGGCAAAAUCUUCCAAUCGCAGGAGUACAUCCCCAACCAGCGACUCGACGUCCUCUUCCUCCGCUGACGACCACUAUGAGUUUGCCACGAAGGGCAGCCACAAUGGGAGCGAGGUCAGCGAAGGCAGUUAUCACAGCCACGAGAGCUACAGCGAGACAGAAGACGAGGAGAAAAAAAACAAAAAGGAAGCCAAGGAUUCCUUAGCUGACAGUGGGUACUUAUCUCAGCACACAAAGCGGCAACACCUGACAAAAGCAAAAAAAAACGCAACUGAAACACUGCCGCUUAAAAAGAGGCGUACAGAGAAACCACCAGAGAGCGACGACGAGGAAAUGAAAGAGGCAGCAGGUUCACUCCUGCACUUGGCAGGGAUCCGCUCGUGUUUGGAUAACAUCACAAACCGUACUUCGAAAGGGCAGAAAGAGCAGCAACAUACAGCAAAAAAUUAAGACAGUAAUGCACAGCCUCUUUUAAGAAUUGUUGGCAGAAAUUUAUUUUCUUUCAGCACGUCAGGUGAAUUAUAAUGAUUUGUGGCAAUAUCAGCAAUCACUUUGUUUUCCUAUUUUAAGCCCCCUUGAGUUUUUUUUAUAUAUAUAUAAAAAAAUAAUUUUGUUUAAGGAGAUUGAAGCCAUAGCAGAACUUUUACUGACACUCAGCUAAUUUGCAAAAGCUUUUCAUUGACUGACAACAAAAGCCAAAAUCACUGCACCUCUCUCUCUCUUUCUCUCUCACUUUCUCUCUCUCCCUCCAUUGUUUCAGUCUGAUUACACAGGUAGCAUGCAGGACUCAUACCGACACGUAUGUAGUUUGCAUUACGAUUCCCGCGAUGUUCUAAUGUGAAAGGAUGAGUCAGUGACAGACUGUUCAGGUCCAGCCAUACUGAAUGACAGAAAGCUUGAAUACCAUUGUGGCAAAGAGCAAGUCAUAGCAACUGGACAAAAUGGAAGAAAAAAACACGUGCCGCUGAAGAUUGUGAUGGAUCCUUUGGAGGCAACUGCACUUAGAAUACCAGGGUUCUGGUUUUUUGACAAUAGAGCAGAUGACCACCGUGAUUAUUGGAUACUUAAAGCAAGAAAAGAGUCCUGCCAUUGGCCAAUUUCAUUUUUUUUUUGUCUUCUCAAACCACACACACACUCUCAUACACACCACACUCAAAGCCAUAUGCCUGAUGGAUGGCACUACGUGCAAAGAGAAAGAAAAUACACCGCCUUUGAAACUGCCUGAGUGAUGUGAAAGCAAUCAAGUCUUGCAAAGAAGUUCAUAAUCAAGUGAUAAUAAGUUAGCGAUACUAAUCCAUUCUGAACGAUUCAGAAUGCUAGACCUGGCCAUGAUGAAGAAGAUGACAGCAACAAAAAAAGCUCUAAAACCUGCCAAUAGUAUUAUUCUGAAACAGAAUUGCUUAACAGUGAUAUCAGUGAGCUCUUCCACUGCCCUGGAACUGGAGUAAGCAGUUUCUCUCUCAGUCAGGAUAUGUGUAGAAUAAAAGAUUUUGGAAUAUAACCAACUUAGCCAGCAGGAUUAUCCAAUCCAUGUUGCAUGGGUUCUUUGAACAAAAACUUUGUUUUUUAUUCAAAGACGAAAAAAAAGAGUUCAUGUAAGGUAAAUAAUGUAUUUAGCAUGAGCAUGAAUUAUUUUCAUAUAAAUAUAGAAAAUAGAGAAAAGGCUAUGCCUCUAAUUUUUAAGCCCUUAGGCCUAGAUUUUUUUUUGAUGCAGGUGAUAAGGUUUAACCUUUUUUCAGGGAAAAAAAACUGACUGUUGGGGAACUUAUUCUGCAAUAUGAAGACUUCACAUUUCUGGUAGGGCUUGGAUGGUUGAAUAUACUGCCUUGUCUGCACAUUUGGGCCCCAAAACAGUAUUGUUAAAUGUAAAGAAUAGCAACAGUACCACAAAACACAGUCCCCCAGUACGGGGUAGGGAGGGUGGUUGGGGUGGGAGGAAGAAUACGUCUGUUCUCACCGAGUCAGUAGUGAGUGUGCAUGAGUUAUCUGUUCUCAAAUUUAUCUGCUGAAUAUUGGGGUAGAGUGAUGUAUUGAAUAUCAAUAUCAUAUAUUGGCAAUACAUCAUAAAACAGCACCUAGCAGUGCUGGUCAUUAUAGCAAUCAGACAUAAUGAGCUCACCACCUUAUUUUGUUUCUCCAACCCUGUUUUCUCAGACUUGAGAAAAAGAUUUGACGAGUAGAUAAGGCCUAAAAGUGCAACAUUAUUUUGGCAGUGUUGAAUUCCUAAUUAUUUAAUUGACACCUCCUAUGGCCGAACUCAAACCGAGACAGCCCAAGUGGUAAGAAAGUGACACUGCUUGUUGGGCAACAGGUCAAGUCUGUUGUAACCUUGCCUCAAAAAUUGGUGACUGGUCAUUCCCUCGCAUGUUCCUUCCUUGAUUAAAAGGUUGUUCGUUCACACUCACUGCUCGACAUUCACCAAAGGAACACUGCAAAAGGCAAAAUCCAUUUAUUCUUUUUGUUUUGGACCUUGGUUGGCCAAAAUUUAAAAAUAUAGACUACUAUUGAUUAUAAAUUUAACAGCCAUUAUAAAAACAAAGAUCAGUUAGAAUUGUGGUUGUUCAUAGGCAUACAAAGGGGAGGAGUGGCAAUCGUUUAAUUUAUUAAGCAGUUGUCAUCUCGGGGCUACAUCCAUUUGAGGGACUGAGCCACUGUGACCAGGAUACCAAGUAAAUAUAGCUAUUAUGGUUUUGAUUUUAUAAUUGGCUCAUUAAGGAUUGGUAAUUGGGUAAAUUCUUUCAAUGAUGGGUUCUUUGUGCAAAUAUGUGAUAUUACUCUUAAGGCUUUAGAAAUCGUGUGCAUUAGUACCCCAUGACAGGCAGAAAUCUGCAACGUUAAGAAGGUGAAAGACUUGAAAUUAGAAAAUAAAAGUGAUAACUAAGACAUGUUUUAAUUUCUGUAAUAAUAAAUUGAAAUUAAAGGCUCAUGAUCAUGAAUAGCCAACCAACACUACAAUUCUUCCUUGGUUACUCCAUGCAUCCUACAGGAUAAAACUAGCCAACUAGGGUUGGAUGCUAGAUUCCAACAUGCAAAAAGCAGAGUGAAGUCAUCCAUAUUUCUCAUCUCAAAAUAAGCUAUAAGGAUAAAUUGUUAACAUUAACUGCAAUGUCAGAAUCGUUCUCUCGCACAAGCUGGCAGUUACCCCUAUGAAUAGCUUUCCUGUGCUAAUUAUGACUUCAAUUUGAAGUAUGUAGGUAUACAAGACAUCAAGUUAUCUUUUUCUGUUGCCUUAGAUUCUGAAGCAAAGACUGGUUGAAGGUGGUUAAAGAUCCUAUAUGCUGAGCACCUUGGGGCACAAAGAAGCCAUCCAUGUUUAAUAAACCUUCCUUUUCCACUAGAAUCCAUAGGGGAAUAUAUGUGCUUAUAAGGGUUAUUUGACACUGCAAGUGGACACAUGUGCGUCUGUACUGCAGUCCAGCCAAGUAGUUAUAAGGCUUGAUAUCAGGAAACAAAACCAUGGAAGCAGGAAUCUGAAUGAAGAUGAAAAAAUAUUAGAAAUGCAUAAUAGGUCAGUCAGCAUUUCAAAAAAGCAGCCAGAGGUGAAUUGCAAGGGUAAAAACGACCUCUCUAAAAUGGUCAUCUGUAUUUCUUUUUGAGAUUUUGACUAACCUGUAGGUUUUAAAUGAUUCUUACUACCACCCACUUUACUAAGAGUUUUAAGACACAUUGUGCUUGUAACUUUGCAUUACAAUUCAGAAUACAUUGUGUGCAUGCUUUUUCACAGUUGUUUGAAAUCCAGGCUUGGUUGGAUUGGGAGCUGAUGGCCCUAUCAAACUUAAGUUGACUAGAGUGCUCAGUACUCUUAGUUCUUUCAACUGUGUAAACAGAGUGUUGUAGGAUUUCUUCAGAACUCACUUAGCCAUUUGGAUAAUACUCCAAAAGGUCUUCUAGAAGUAAAUGUUAUUUUAGUACUACACUGAAAUCUUGAAGGGUAUUUGGAGCAUGAUUCGUGUACUUGCCUUCAAAUAAGAUUUAGACCCAAUCAUUAAAGCUGAGCCAAACCAUAAAUGGCCCCUUAAGGGAACAAAAUUAGUCAGGAUUCCCAUUCCCGAUCACUAGCCAGUAACUCCUGCUGGUAAUAUUUGCAUUUGGGUGGUAAUUGGGGACUCAGUUGUUCUCAACUGUGAUUUCAUCCCUGUAAAUUCUUUCAAAAUCAUCAGGUUCUGUAGAACCUCAAUUGGGUACUUUGCUUCAGCAUGAAACACUGCCAGCAUCGCAGGAGAAGGCUGCAAAAUCUGUGUGUUAAAACUUUCAGACAUCUUAGUAAAGUGGGUGAAUGGUAAGAAUCAUUUAAAACAUGGGUCUGAUGAAGCCAGCAUUAAUUGCAGUGGAGAUGCACGUGUGCAAGUUUAGGAGGGGGUUAGUUGCUUAGAUUACAUUCUAUAUUGUCUUGUCCCUCCUUCACUUUCUUUUGGGAAAGCCCAACUACCAGAUGCCUUGACCUCAACAGCCCAUUUAGCAUCGGAAAUUUGCUACAUUGGAAAUUCUGUAAAAACUUCCAUGUGCCCUGGUGAGAAAAUAUUGCAAGCUCCAUUGUGAACAGAGCAAACAAUAAAUAACCAAGGAAAUACCCAAUCUUUCUACUCACAGUCUCUUCAAAUCAGUUUUCAUUUAUUUGCCAUAAUUAAACUAACUAAAACAAACGUUGACAAUGGCACGGGUGCUUUAUUUGUCUAGUUUGAGCAGAUCCCUACCCAAGUCUAUGCCAAAGAUGGUGGUAGAUUUGACAGAAUCACAGAAUAGUUACAACAAGGGAAAAAUGCUGAGUCUGUACUUGGCACCUCCAGCAAACUACACAGUCCCACUCUUUCCCAAAAGAUGUGCAAGUUUAUUGCCUUUCAGAUACUUACCCAGCUCCCUCUUGAACGUUACAAUUGAACCUGCCUCCACUACUACCCUUGGCAGUGUAUUCCAGACCAUGACCACUUGUGCUUAAGAAAAAGUUUUCCUUUGUCUCCUUCGGUUCUUUUGCCAAUCACCUUCUUGCUGUCUUGACCCAUUUUGCCAAUGGGAACAGUUUUUCUCUCUUACCUACUCUGUCCUUUAUGCUUUAGAUAUAUCCUGGAACACAAUGGUUGAGACAACUGCUGCAGAUUCUACCCUCCCAAUUCUGAAUAAAUCAAGGAAAGAGUGAUGCUUCCAGGGUAUGGGUUUACAGACAGCUUUUUUAUUCAUUCAUGUGAGUUGUUAUCACUGGCAAGGCCAGCUUUUAAUACCUGCAAAUAACUGCCCUUGACAGGGUGAUGGUAAGCUGCAGCCUUGAGUCCCUACAGUCCCCAUUGCAAGCCAGACACCAAGAAACUUUAAAAGGAUUUAUUGUGUUGAACUAAAUAUCCAUCCCAAAGCAAGGAAAGGAAUAUGCUGCUUAGUAUAGUUUCAGGACUUCUGCUGGUUAAUUGUUGCUAUGUAUGCUAUCUUUAGACGUCUGUUCAAUAAUUACAGCAUAGAUCCAUGAAGUAGUCCAAGCUUUUCCUGCAGAUCAGGAAAUGAUUAUUGGCCUCUGCUUUUUGAAAUAAGAAACUAGCUCCUCCCUCCUGUGGCUUCUGUUGAUGUAAGAGAGAUAUCCUGUAGAAUGAUUGGGAGAAAAAAACACAAAUGAAGAAAUGUAGAUUUCUGCCUUUUAGUGGCAUAAUCUUUAGGUGAAGUUAUCCUUGGUAAUCCAGACAUUCCGCCUUUCUUUUAAAUUAGUCUCCAGGUUAUCUGGACUGUUUACUGCCCUGGCCAUUAGAUGGAGCAUGCUGAAAGUCAGCAUUUAACAUACAAAGAAAAUUGCAUUAUGUUGACGUUGAAACAGCAGGGUAUUGUGAUAUAAUUAUGAUAGAAUCAUAAAGGAAGUAGACGAGGAAAAUGAUUAAAUCAAUGUUCUAUAUCAUUUGGGUCAAAGAGGACUAAUGUGGUCAAAUCAUAGAGAAACAAUGGAAGGGAAUGACAGUUUGAAACAGUCAAGGUGGAAUUAAAUGCUAUCAAAUUGUCACUCUAAGAUGUUUGUGCAAUUUUGCAUCUUUAUGUGAAAGAUAACUUCACUCAAAGAUUGACGAGUGCUGUAUCCAAGGUGAUUAGUCUACCUUAAUGGUGAUUUGAGAGGCCAAGUUUGUUUACUUUAGUUAAUAAUCUAUAAACUGCCAAUAUCUUGUUUCACAAGAAAUAUAUUGAACUUUUGAAUAGUUUUCUUUUCACAAUGUGAGCAGUCAGAAGGCACGGGCAAUCAACCAACCUUCAAGAAAUAUGACAAAGUCAACACAGAGGCAUACUUGCAUUCUACAUUUCCUUGAUGUUUAAUCAUUUUGCCAAAGACAAAAAAAAUCAUCAGUUGUAAAUAUCACUUGUCCAUAUAUGAAAAACAAACUUUCCUUGAACCUACCAUAAAGUUUCUGUGAUGUAUUGUCUUCCAGUUGCAAUAAAAAAUUACAAGUUGCAUCAAU